UGACAUGGCAACUCUUACAUAUGACAACUGAUGAGUUGCCAUAGGAAUAUGCACUGCGCGCGCAGUUUGUUUUUUAAUAUAUUCGAUUUUGGUGUAUCUUAGCAAAAAUUAGAAUUACAAACAUUCAAAUUACAUUGAUCUAUCAAUAGUAGAAUUUUUGAAAAAUGUCUACUAGUGUUCAUAAAAAACCUGCUUCGAGUGCUCCAAGAAAGAAAUCAGGCCCCAAAUUCGAAUUAAGUGAAGAGCAAAAAAAUGAUAUUAAAGAAGCUUUUGAUCUUUUUGAUAGUGAAGGUACUGGUAAGAUAGAUGCCAAAGACUUGAAGGUUGCUAUUAGAGCUCUGGGAUUCGAACCAAAAAAGGAAGAAAUUAAAAAAAUGAUAGCAGAUAUUGAUAAAGAUGGAACAGGGGAAAUAUCGUAUGACGAUUUCCUCCAGUUGAUGUCCGUUAAGAUGGCCGAAAAAGAUUCGAAAGAAGAGAUAAUGAAAGCUUUUCGCUUAUUUGAUGAUGAUGAAACUGGUAAAAUAAGUUUCAAAAACUUGAAACGGGUUGCUAAAGAAUUGGGAGAGAAUUUGACAGACGAAGAGUUACAGGAAAUGAUUGAUGAAGCCGACCGUGAUGGAGACGGAGAAAUAAAUCAAGAUGAGUUUCUUAGGAUUAUGAAAAAAACUAGUUUAUAUUGAUUUAUAUUUGGGUAAUUUUAUUCACCAGUAUUAAUUAUUUUUUGAUCUGUUCAUCUGAAAAAAUACUUUAUUUUUUUUUUACAUUGAGCGUAGAAUUUGUUAAUGUUACUGCUGAGCAGUAUUAUUGUAUAAAGAAUUAUUCCUCUUUUACAAGGCAUUAUUUUUUAAGCAUAUUAUGAUUGUUAAAUUUGCAUGUACCUGUUUUUUUUUAAGAAAAAAAUUGAUUUCAUGAGUAUCCACAGCCACAAAGUUUAAAAAUAUCUUCAAAUAGAAGAUCUAUUUUCAGAUUGAUUUUUUAUGUACAAAUUGAUAACUUAUUAAGGGGUGAAAUUAAAUUGAUAUACAUCAA